GUGGGAAAGAAUGCGGAGCCGGGUUCACACACCCCGCGGCGGGUCUUCCUUAAAUAGCCCCGAGGCUGGCUGCCCGCGCGGGCCUGACGCCUGGGACCCGCUCGAGAGGGACGCGGGACGCCGUGCGCCCGCCCUCGGCCCUUGGCGGCGCGCUCCGCGGGAUACCGGGAGGCGCGGGGGCGCACCAUGCCUGCAGACACCACGGGGAAGCCGAGAGCUUCGCCGCUGACAGGAGCGUCGGCCAGAGCCAGCCGAACCCCAAGCAAGCCCCGGAGCGCGGCCGAGCACCGAAAGGUGGGACUUGGCGGGGCAUGGGUUGGGGGACAUGGGGUGGGGAUGGACCCACGUGGGACUCAGCCACUGCCUCACCCGCAGUCCUCCAAGCCGGUUAUGGAGAAGAGGCGCCGAGCGCGCAUCAACGAGAGCCUCGCUCAGCUCAAGACCCUUAUUCUGGACGCACUCAGGAAAGACUGCUCCCGCCACUCGAAGCUGGAGAAGGCGGACAUCCUGGAGAUGACCGUGAGGCACCUGCAGAGCUUGCGGCGCGUGCAGGUGACAGCCGCGCUCAGCGUGGACCCCACCGUCUUGAGCAAGUACCGCGCCGGCUUCAACGAGUGUCUGGCCGAAGUGAAUCGCUUCCUGGCGGGCUGCGAGGGCGUCCCGGCCGACGUGCGUUGUCGCCUGCUCCGCCACCUGGCGGCCUGUCUGGGCCAGCUGGGGCCCUCGCGCUGCGCGGCCCCCCCGCCCCCCGCUGCAGAGGUUCCGGCGCCCGAGGCCUACGCGGGUCGUCAGCAGCUGCCGGCAUUCGAUGGCCUCUUCCCCGUGCUGCGCCCCGCGGCCACCUUCGCGCUGCCGCUCCUGCCUGGCCUGACUCGGGCGCCCCACGCCGCCCCCAGGGCGGGGCCGCAGGGCCCCGGCGUGCCCUGGAGGCCGUGGCUGCGGUGAGACCACGGCCCUCGGACUGUGGCGGAGGCCGCCCCGUUCUAGGGCCGCGGCCUUUGCUGAGACUGUUCCAGGGAAUAUGUAUUUCCAGAGGCCGCGUCCAGAGUUUUAUGUUUGUUUUAGUCUUUUCUGUGAAGUCCAGUCCGGCAGCGCCUGCGGCUGUGGUCCUUGGCGGCGGCGGUGGGGCGUCGCGCUGGUCCCUACGCCUGGCCCCGCCUCGUCCCCAGGCCCCGCCCCCGCCCCCGCGCCCGGCCCGGCCGGAGCGCCGCCGCGUGGGCCCGCCCGCGGCUUGCGUUUUCCCGCAUCUGCGCAAGAGCCAGCGACCCGCCUUGAGGUGGGGGUUCCAGGUCCCUCGGGAGGUUCAGGCAGGAAGGUGACAGUAACCACGUUUUUCAGACUGCAUCCUACUGUUGGGAAGCACUUGCCUCACAGGGCAAGUUUUUUUUAAGGCAUCUUUCCCCACUCCUGGAGACGCUGGACGGUGGAGAGUUGUCUUUUCGCGUGGUUGGCCCUGGGCCGCUGAGCUGUGCUGAAGGGUGGCCAUGCCCUGAAGCUUGAGUUCUGGUCUGAUCCACCUCCUGCUUUGUUCUCACGGUUCAGCACCAAGCCGCCUGUGUCCCCUCACCCCAUGGACUGAGCCUGUCCCAGGCCAGCGUCUGCUCAGGAGGGAGGUGCAAACAGGAGAGGGCAUCAGAGUCUCCAGGGCAGGGAACUGGGGCGAGGCUGGCACAGGUCGCUUUGUGCUGGGGCUCAGGGGGUGCUCUUCCACCAGGGCCCAGUCCUGCUGUAUGGCCGGCCCUGCCCUGGGAGGGGAGGGCCCCCCUAGCGGCAAGGGGCUGGGGGUUCAUCCCGUCCAUGCUUGGUCCUCAGCCCCUGCUACGCGUCAGCGUAUAAUACUAGGCAGCAAAACUAGGCGGAUUGGAUACUGGCCCUGGAAUCACUGUCCUGGUUCGCAGGUCCCCCCAGCAGCUGCUGGGGGCUGUGCUCCAGGUGCCAUGAGGGGUGGUCCAAGUUACACAAGCUGAGACUGGUGUGUGUCACGCUGAGCCC